UAAAAGUUUAGUGAACAAAAGUUAUGAAUCAUAUCGAUCUUCACUGAUUGAAUAGUGAAACAAAUAAACUUCAACAAUGGCUCUGAAUGGAAAAAGAAUGCAAACAUUUCUUAAUGAAUUUACAAUGACAACCACAAACUAUCUCAAUCAAUUUAUAAAUGAUUGUGAGAGCAGGUUUUAUGAAUUUGACAAUAAACUCAAUAAAAUCGAGAGAAAUCUGGAAAUCAUUGAACAAAAGCUUGCUUCAGUGCCUUCAGAAAACAAAGAACAAGUAUCAGAAAUUUUGCCAGUUGAGUCUCAAAAAGAGCCAGAAAAAGAACUUGAACUGACAAAUGAACCAAUUCCAAAUGAUCAGAAUAUAGCGAAUUCUUCUAGCGGUGUGGAACAUCAGGAACAGACAAAUGAAAGCCAAAUUACAGAACAAACUUCAAACGACAACCUCAUAAAAAUUUGUGAUUCCUUCUUAUAUAAAAAAUACUUUAAAAUGAUUAAAUUUGGAGUUGCAGUUCCAGCUGUGAAACAAAAAAUGUUUUCUGAAGGACUUGACGACAAUCUUUUAGAUAAUCCAGAUUUACUCAUUGAAAAGACACCAGAAGACAAUGAAGAAUAAAAAAAUAUUUUUUAAAAC